AUGCCUUCCAAGACAUCGGCAGCGAAAGAAAAGGCAAAGCAGACCGUGCGAUCGAAAGCCGAACCUGCCGUCGAGUUCGCCCAACAAGCCCAGCGUCUGGGCCAGAAGUCCCCCGACCAGGAAGAUGCCCAGUCCGGUUCCACCCACGCCGUCGAGGCCCGCUUCAUCACCCCCCAGGACCCCGUCAUACAGACUGCGAAUGGCGGACGCUUGCCCGCCGUGCCCGUCGAGGAGGCCGUCAAGCUGAAUAAACUGAAGGAUGUGCUGGAGGACCGCGACCCCGCCGAGAGCAUGCCCCAGGAAGGCCGCACGCGCGAGGCAAAGGAUGGCACUAUACACGGCGCUCGCCCGAACCGCGCCAGCUUGGAGUCGGGUGAGACGCAGGACCCGGACGCCCCGCUAAGGGAAGCUGUGCCCGUGUCCAAGACGAACCCUCUGUUCCCGCCUUUGCCUGUGUAUGGACCGUCGGGGAUGCUCCGCAAUCUGCAAUGCUUCUCGUUCAGAGUGUCAUCUGCUAUCCUUUCCUUCCUUUUUCUGUAUAUCAUAAUGCUAGGAUCAAUGGCCACCAGCAUCCCGCUGCUGGCUCAGUAUGUUUGGCGGAUAAUCACCGGCCGAGACCCCAACAUGUACCGGCCUUUUUACGAGGAGGAAAAGAGACGGAAGGCGGCUAGAAGGGAGGCUGAAAAGGCGUGGAAGAAGCACGAGUGUCGGGAUAAAGCCAUUGACGCAAGAACGGCAGAUCAUGAGGACUCACCGGGGGAGAAUGAGGAAUUCGUGCCCACGGAAGGCGGCCCAGAUCCGCUUGUUUGUGACAUUGGAUAUUAUGCCCGCCGUGUUGGCCUCGACUGCGAGACCUUUAGUGUUCAGACCGAAGAUGGCUUCAUCAUUGACCUCUGGCAUAUCUACAACCCCCGCGAGCAUCGACCAGCUUCCACGCCGGUGAGGGCACCGCAUUCCCCAAACGUCUUCAACAACAACGACAAGUCCACGGACAGUGCUGACGGAUUCCCCUUCGGAAAGAAAAAGAAGAAGUAUCCAGUACUCAUGAUGCACGGGCUCCUCCAGUCAUCCGGCGCCUUUUGCUCGAACGACGACGACAGCUUGGCCUUCUUCCUCGCCAAGUCCGGGUACGACGUCUGGCUGGGCAACAACCGAUGCGGCUUCACCCCCCGCCACAACCUCCUCGACUACAGCGACCCGCGCAUGUGGGCCUGGAACAUACGGCAGAUGGGCGUCAUGGACCUCCCCGCACUGGUGUCCCGCGUCCUGCACGAGACGGGCUUCCCCAAACUCGCCCUCAUCGCCCACUCCCAAGGCACCACCGAAACCCUCGUCGCGCUCGCCAAGGAGCAGCGCCCCGAGCUCGGCGACAAGCUCAGCGUCUUCUGCGCGCUCGCCCCCGCCGCGUACGCCGGCCCGCUGAUCGGCAAGAUGUACUUCAAGUUCAUGCGCAUCAUCAGCCCCGCCAUGUUCCGCAUCAUCUUCGGCAUCCACGCCUUCAUCCCCUUCAUGAUGCACAUGCACGCGUUCCUGCCGGGCAAGUUCUACGGCGCCAUGGGCUACCGCAUCUUCUCGUUCCUGUUCAACUGGACGGACGAGCGGUGGGAAAAGGACCUGCGCAACCGCCUCUUCCAGUUCGCGCCCGUCUACGUCUCGGCCGAGAGCAUGCGCUGGUGGCUGGGCCGCGAGUGCUUCGCGUCGCAAAAGUGCAUCCUGCAGACGCGCCGCGAGAAGGAGAUGGAGGAGCGCGAAGACCGCGACGAGAACGAGGCGCAGCGGAAGGCGGGCAGCGGCGCCGGCCCCCAGCAGGAGCAGCGCAUGCGGGACUACUACAACAAGGACACCGCGCGCGGCGAGCACACGACGUCCCAGCCCCUGGAAGCUUCGUCGUCUUCGUCGUCGUCGUCGUCGUCGUCCUCAUCCGACGAGGAGCAUGACCACCACCACCACCGUCCCCACCGCCGCGACCGCGGCCGCUUCGCCUGGUACGACCAUCACGCGCCCCCGAUGGCGUUCUGGGUCGCUGGCGCCGACGAUCUGGUCGAUGGCCGCCGCUUGCUGCGGCGCUUCGAGCGCGGGCGCGAGCCGUUUGUGGAUGUGGUUCACAGCAAGAUCAUCGAGGGGUACGAGCAUCUCGACGUCAUUUGGGCCAUGGAUGUGCUGGAGAAGGUGGGGAACGAGCUGAGGGAGGUCAUUUGGAAGACGGCGCCGGAGGAGGCGAGGGAGGCGUGCAGGGUGCCCGAGGGCUGCGGGGAUGUAGGGCGUUGGGAGGGGGGGAGGGCGAGGAGGGGGGAGAGGGAGGGGAAGGGAGGGGAAGCGGGGGAGAAUGGGGAUGGGGAUGGGGAUGGGGAUGAUAUCGAGGAGGUGGGGCGGCGGCAGGUGGCUAAUGUUGGUAUAGACACGUCGUCGGGCGAGUGGCGGGAGGAGGUUGCGAAUGCGGACGAGGUGGAUAGGAGGGUGGCGACGGCGUGA